AUGCCUUGCGCAGCCCAGAUUUCAGAUGAGCUGGAGUUCUAUGUGAACGGGAAGAAGGUGACAGAGAAGAACGUGGACCCAGAAGUCACUCUGCUGGCCUUCCUGAGAAAGAACUUACGCCUCACAGGAACUAAGGAUGCCUGUGGAACAGGAGGCUGUGGGGCCUGCACAGUGAUGGUGUCACAACACGAUCCGGUGUGCAAGAAGACAAGACACUUCUCCGUCAUGGCAUGCCUGGUGCCCCUGUGCUCCUUGCAUGGGGCUGCCGUCACCACCGUGGAAGGUGUGGGAAGCAUCAAGACUAGGCUCCACCCUGUGCAGGAGAGGAUCGCCAAGAGCCACGGUACCCAAUGUGGCUUCUGCACCCCUGGGAUGGUGAUGUCCAUCUACACACUGCUCAGGAACCACCCGCAGCCCUCAGAGGAGCAGCUCAUGGAGGCCUUGGGAGGGAACCUCUGCCGCUGUACUGGGUAUCGGCCAAUUCUGGAGAGCGGCAGGACCUUCUGCAUGGAGCCAGACGGUUGUCCACAGAAAGGAACAGGACAGUGUUGCUUGGAUCAGAAGGAAAGUGACUCAUCGGGAAGCAAAAGUGAUAUUUGCACGGAGCUAUUUGUGAAAGACGAGUUCCAGCCCUUGGACCCGACCCAGGAGCUCAUAUUUCCCCCAGAACUCCUGAGGAUGGCUGAGAACCCAGAGAAGCAAACCCUAACCUUUUAUGGAGAGAGAAUCACCUGGAUCGCCCCAGGAACCCUCCAAGAACUCGUGGUGCUGAAAGCUAAGUACCCUGAAGCUCCUCUCAUCUCGGGCAACACGGCUCUGGGACCAGCCAUGAAGUCUCAAGGACACUUUUACCCUGUCCUCCUGUCUCCUGCUAGAAUUCCUGAUCUAAGAAUGGUGACUAAAACCAGUGGAGGACUGACCAUAGGUGCCUGCUGCAGCCUGGCUCGGGUGAAGGACGUCUUGGCUGAGAGCAUCUCUGAGCUCCCACAGGAGAAAACUCAGACCUACCGAGCACUCCUGAAACACCUCCGGAGCCUGGCGGGACAGCAGAUCCGGAACAUGGCGUCCUUAGGCGGACAUGUUAUAAGCAGGCAUUGCUACUCGGACCUGAAUCCUAUCCUCUCUGUGGGCAACACCACACUCAAUCUGCUGUCAGAAGAAGGCCCGCGGCAGAUUCCCCUCAGUGGACAUUUUCUUGCUGGGUUGGCAAGUGCAGACCUGAAGCCCGAGGAGAUUCUGGGGUCUGUGUACAUCCCACACUCUCAGAAGCGGGAGUUCGUGUCUGCCUUCCGGCAGGCCCAGUGCCAUCAGAACGCCUUGCCUGAUGUAAAUGCUGGCAUGAGAGUCCUGUUCAGAGAAGGCACAGAUGUCAUUGAGGAGCUGAGCAUUGCCUAUGGAGGGGUGGGGCCCACCACCAUCAGUGCACACAGGUCCUGCCAGCAGCUUCUGGGCCGACACUGGAACGCACUGAUGCUAGACGAGGCUUGCAGACUGCUUCUGGAUGAAGUCUCCCUCCCAGGCUCAGCCCUGGGAGGCAAAGUGGAAUUCAGGAGGACUCUGAUUGUCAGCUUCUUCUUCAAGUUCUACCUGGAGGUUCUGCAGGAACUGAAGGCUGACGAGAAGCUGCCCCCCGAGUCCACCGACAGCCAGAGAUAUCCAGAGAUCGCAGACCGGUUCCUAAGCUCUCUGGGAGAUUUCCAGGUCACGCUACCCCGGGGAGUCCAAACAUACCAGAGAGUGGAUUCUCACCAACCUCUCCAAGAUCCAGUUGGACGUCCCAUCAUGCACCUGUCAGGUCUUAAACAUGCCACGGGGGAAGCUGUAUUUUGUGAUGACAUCCCUAGGGUGGAUAAAGAACUCUUCAUGGCUUUAGUCACCAGUACCAGAGCUCAUGCAAGAAUCAUAUCAAUCGACUCAUCUGAGGUCCUUGACCUGCCUGGUGUGGUUGAUGUAAUAACAGCUGAAGACAUUCCAGGCAACAAUGGUGAAGAGGAUGACAAAUUGCUGGCUGUAGAUAAGGUUCUCUGUGUGGGCCAGGUCAUCUGUGCCGUGGUGGCAGAGACUGAUGUUCAGGCAAAACGAGCAACUGAGAAGAUAAAAAUCACCUACGAGGACCUGAAACCUGUGAUUUUCACCAUCGAGGAUGCCAUAAAGCACAGUUCAUUCCUGUGCCCUGAAAAAAAGCUUGAACAAGGAAACAUCGAGGAGGCCUUUGAGACCGUGGAUCAGGUAGCUGAAGGGACAGUCCAUGUUGGAGGGCAAGAACACUUCUACAUGGAAACGCAGAGAGUGCUUGUUAUUCCGAAGACAGAAGACAAAGAGCUGGACAUGUAUGUGUCCACACAGGACCCAGCUCACGUGCAGAAAACAGUGUCCUCUACCUUAAACAUCCCGAUCAGCAGGAUCACCUGCCAUGUGAAACGAGUGGGUGGAGGCUUUGGAGGAAAGGUGGGGAGGCCAGCUGUGUUCGGAGCAAUUGCUGCAGUGGGGGCUGUCAAAACUGGCCAUCCCAUUCGUCUUGUUCUGGAUCGUGAAGAUGAUAUGCUAAUAACUGGGGGACGACACCCAUUAUUUGCAAAAUACAAAGUGGGAUUCAUGAACAGUGGACGGAUCAAAGCCCUAGACAUUGAAUGCUACAUCAAUGGAGGCUGCACAUUGGAUGACUCGGAGCUGGUAACAGAAUUUCUUGUACUAAAACUGGAAAAUGCAUACAAAAUCCGAAACCUCAGACUCCGAGGUCGUGCCUGCAUGACAAACUUACCAUCCAAUACAGCUUUUCGUGGGUUUGGCUUCCCACAGGGAGCCCUGGUAACAGAAUCCUGCAUCACAGCUGUGGCAGCCAAAUGUGGGCUUCCACCAGAAAAGAUUAGAGAGAAAAACAUGUACAAAACAGUUGAUAAAACCAUCUACAAGCAAGCGUUCAACCCUGACCCCCUGAUAAGGUGUUGGAACGAGUGUCUGGACAAGUCUUCCUUUCACAUCAGAAGGACAAGAGUGGACGAGUUCAAUAAGAAGAGUUACUGGAAGAAGCGAGGCAUCGCUAUUGUCCCCAUGAAGUUUUCAGUUGGCUUUGCUGCAACAAGCUACCAUCAGGCGGCUGCGCUCGUCCAUAUCUACACUGAUGGCUCUGUGUUGGUGGCACAUGGAGGCAAUGAACUGGGGCAAGGUAUUCACACCAAAAUGUUACAGGUGGCCAGCCGUGAACUGAAAAUACCCAUGUCUUAUCUGCACAUCUGCGAAACAAGUACAGCAACAGUGCCCAAUACAAUCGCUACAGCCGCUUCCGUCGGAGCGGAUGUCAACGGCAGGGCUGUGCAGAAUGCCUGUCAAAUCCUUCUCAAACGUCUUGAGCCCGUCAUUAAGAAAAACCCAGAAGGGACAUGGAGAGACUGGGUAAACGUUGUGUUUUCUGUGCCACUCCCACCCCUCCCCCCACCUAAAGGACUUUAUUCCCUCAGGGGCUACAAGGCCUUCAUGGACUGGGAGAAAGGAGAGGGAGACCCAUUCCCGUACUAUGUCUAUGGAGCUGCAUGUUCUGAGGUUGAAAUCGACUGCCUGACAGGUGCUCACAAGAAAAUCAGAACCAACAUUGUCAUGGAUGCAUGUUGCAGCCUGAAUCCGGCCAUUGAUGUUGGGCAGAUCGAAGGUGCAUUUAUCCAAGGAAUGGGUCUUUAUACCACCGAGGAGCUACUCUACUCUCCAGAGGGCGUCCUGUAUUCUCGGAGCCCGGACAAGUACAAAAUCCCAACUGUCACUGAUGUCCCGGAGCAAUUUAACGUGUCCUUGCUGCCGUCCUCUCAGACCCCACUCACCCUCUAUUCGUCAAAGGGCCUCGGGGAGUCUGGGAUGUUCCUAGGGUCAUCUGUGUUUUUUGCCAUUGUUGAUGCGGUGGCUGCGGCACGGAGACAAAGAGACAUAGCGGAGGACUUCACAGUGAAGAGCCCAGCAACCCCAGAGUGGGUGCGGAUGGCCUGUGCAGAUCGGUUCACAGACAUGAUCCCAAGAGAUGACCCAAAGACGUUUAAACCUUGGUCUAUACCUAUAGCUUAAGCAGCUGUCAUUUUUCUAAGAGAUAUUUUAGUACCCAAGUGAAAAGCCAGCUUCUUAAUCCUGACUGGACUCCACACUAUAUUCGGUCCUCAGCCU